AGAUAGACACUCGAAACUUUCCGGAAAUAAGUUCAGUUAGUUCGUUGAUAUAGCGAUAUUUUCAACGAACCCAAAACUAUUAUUUCGAUGUCUUGUUUAACGAACCGUGUUAAUUUAUUUGCUAGGUGUGUAGGAUCUUGUACACAUAUAUCUCCUCCGUCGCUAGCUACAAACCAUUCUCCAAACUCAUUAUCUUCCAACUUAAUUGUUUUCAUCAUAGCGCUGAUAUAACGGCUUUCUCCAUUCAUUGCUUUACACUUUUUCAAGACAUCGUUUGUAGUGCACUUAUUAUUGAUACAGAAAAAAGUUAACACAGAAAGGUGUUGCGUUUGAUGUGAAUGACCGAAAAAUGGAUAAAUGGGUAAUUUCUAAAAAGCGUGUUUACUGGUGACAAACGAUUAAAAAAAAUUCUUGUGUGCAUUUCGUCUUCAUUCAAAGGAGUACUAGUUCAGUAAUCUUAUCGUUGUAAUGUUUGUAUGCUGCUCCACCGGUUAUUCUGGUUGUAUAUUCACUCCAGCAAACUACCACCGGGCAACCAUUCUUAAUCGAAUAUCGUUUCAAUUCAACAACCAUCAGACGACUUUCUUCGAGUUGUUCGGAGUUUCCUUGGUAACUUCCAGUAAAGGAUGUGUAUAUAUUUAGAGGGUUCAAAUUAUGUAGGGGUCCAAACCAGGUUGAUUACCCUACACGGUUUAAUUAAGUACCCAUUUACGUAUAUUACGACGCCCAUCUCCGACAAAACUGGAAAAACUCAUUUAACAAUGAGUACGAACUACAUACGUCAAAAACGGGGCUUUAUAAAUAGGAACAUGCUAAACUGAGCAACACUUUUGAAAGCUUUGGGAAACAAAAUAAAUCGAGAGGAAUUAGCUCGGUCGGAUCCAAAUUCACAAACUCAGCUCUUAGUUUUCUAAUAUACUUUCCAAAAUAGGCAAACAUUUGUAGUCACCGGAAUUAAUACCACCGAACCACGAUAUCGGAACAUUUCGGCAAGCUAGCGGAGCCACUGAGUGAUCAGCAUUAGUAGAAAUAUUUAGGAGUUCCAAAGAUAAACUUAGUUUACGCGGUGGUCUGAAAUAAAGAAUAAAUAACUUUUGCUCUUUUUAAAAUGAUGUUCUUGAUUUGACGGGGUUAGUAGGAAAUGCUUGGACAAUUUUAAGCGUGUAUCGGUGCAUCUCAUUCAUUGGGCCAUUUUUGCGUAAAUUCUGUAGGGGAGAGCAUUGUAUCGUAAUGGCUGUCAACAAACGGCCCAGCUGAUAUGCUCGAUCAUGUGCUGCCGGCAGCCCAUUGUAAUGAUUGUGACAUUAACAUCUGUUGGCCUGUUAGGCUAUAAACAUCCGUUACUUAACAUUUUUGUAUACUACGAUACAUAAUUGUAAACGUAUUUUAAUCGCACUAUUAGCAGUUAUUUUAAAGCUCGAUGCAAUUAGUGACUAACGUUUGUAGAAAUAUAUUUAAAUAUCGAAGAAAGCUUGAUUUUUUUGUUCAACCUCAAUCAAGGCGCGCUUCACAAGAAAACCCACGAUUGCGGAUACUGUUCUUCGGAACAGAUAAUUUUUCGCUUCCCAGCUUAAGAACGCUAAAUGAGAGCAGCAAACACGGUGGAAUCGUCUCUUCACUGGAAGUGGUCACAUCGUUCAGAGCCAAAAGAAAUCCACUGAAGAAGUAUGCCGAGGUGGAAAAACUUCCACUACAUGAUUGGCCCCUGCAAGAUCCGGCGGUCAUAGCAAAGAAAUUCGAUUUAGGAGUAGUUGUAUCUUUUGGCCAUUUAAUCCCAGAAAAUCUGAUAACAUCUUUUCGAAGAGGAAUGUUAAAUGUACACGCCAGUUUGCUGCCGAAGCUACGCGGAGCUGCCCCGAUCGUACAUGCCAUUAGGAACGGUGACAUUGAAACAGGUGUUACAAUUAUGAAGAUAAAGCCAUUGCAUUUCGAUAUCGGAGAAAUUUUGAAGCAAGAGAAAGUAGAUAUACCCAAAGACAUGCUCAUGCCCGAGCUUCAUGAAAAGUUGGCGAAUCUAGGUGCUGUCACGUUGUUACAUUGUAUAGAAAAUUUAGACCACGUUUACAGGGUACAAAUAUCUCAGAACGACCAGGAAGCAACUUACGCUCCUAAAAUCAACACCCAGUUUGCCGAAGUUCGGUGGUCAGAGAUGAGCGCAAAGCAAGUGUACGAUCUGUAUCGAUCGUUGUACUCCUACAAACAACCGACGACUCGACUCGGCAGCGGGGAACCAGUCAAAUUAUUUAAGCUACAAUUCGACGCUGACGAGAAUGAUGAUAGUAGUGAUUGCACUUCGCCAGGACAUAUUAAAUACUGUCGUCGGAGAAAACGGUUGCUCGUUUGCUGCAGCGAUGGCCGACUGGUUAGCAUUGAGCAGCUUGCUAUUGGAGGGAAGAAAGUGAUGAGCGCGCAAGAAUUCUACAAUGGCUUUCUUAGCAAACUGGCGAGCUCUGAAAGAGUGUUCACCUGUCGAUAGUUUAGCUUUGUGAAAAAUAAAAUA